CGUGGAAUAAAUACAUCAAAUCAAGGCCGCGGAGUUGGAGGUGUUAUUUCUACUGUUGGUCAAGCUCCUGUAUCGAAUGCAAAUACAUUUAUGCGUCUACUACUGGGUCGUCUGCAAUAAAAGUGGAGUAGUUCUUUGUCUUGCAUGUCGUGUCUAGUUUACUUUUCUGAAAACUUGUGUUGCAUACCCAACGCAUCAGACGGCGUCAAAUGAACUUGUCAUGCUUAGCUGCACCUGUUGAAAGGAAAGCACCAGACUCAUCGUCAUCCAUAAGUACCUAAGUAUCAAUUUAGCAGCACAGCCACAAUUUAGAUUUUCCAGAGGGAGGCAGACAUAAUAUUUGCAAUGCAUAAGUAGAUCAUGGUGGAGAUGCUGAUCCGUUUCUUCUUCCGGUUUUAAGCUCUUAUCAUAUGACAGUGCACAACUCGUCCCCCUGCUCCCCCUCAUACCUUCGACUUCGUCAUGGUGCAAGUUCCCAAAUCCACUGGUCGCGGUCGCGCUGCCUUGUAGUACUUAUUCAUUGUUUGCGUGACAGAUUUUAUUCCGGAAGCCCAAAAAGGCUACUAGGACUACAGUCCCUCUGUGCGAGGCGCGUGAAGAACUUGUCAGUUACAGGCUGCGCGUGUGCAGCUUGUGCUUUUGUUCUUGUAUAUUAAUUCGCUGUUGUUCUUCAUGCGUGGAAAAGAAAAAAUGAGGGGGAGCAGGGUGGUACUUCUAGUGCGCCGUCAUAUCUGAAAUCUUCGAUGUCGAACCCUUGUCGGACGGGUUGAAGGCUUUCUUAGCCGAAACCGAGGACGACGAGGACAGGAAGGCAAAAAAGAGCCUCGUGGCGAGAUUCAUCCAGGAGAAGGUUAUGAAAUGCAUAUUUUUAGUUCUGGGUCUGGAAGAAUGCAUGUUGAUGCUUGUCAUGCUUGUCUGGUAUGGCUCUUACAUCUGUCAUGCACGUUACCCAAGAGCCUCCUCUUCUGUCACGCAGAAACGCAGCUUGCCAUGCAGAAUAGGCAAGAACACCCAGAAGCUCAGAAACUUGUCCUGCUAGCUGCGCCAGCACUUGUGGCCUCCUCAUGAUACGCCACCCAGCAUCACAAAUUUCCAGACCCAGACACAUUUGCAUUUGAUACAGGUCGCUUCUCUUCAAUUCGUCCGCGUGGACGUGGACAAGCAGGAGCGUGGGGUAUCAAAUGUAAAAAUGUCUGGGUCUGGAAGAAUCCAACUUGUCAUGCUGAUUUUGGAUUCCAAAAAAUUCUGUAUUGCAUGAGCAGCAAAGAGAGUCCAAGUUUUGCUACUCGGAAAGAGCAUUUGUCAUGCGGUAUAGGCAUCAGGAAGCCCUCACAAAAUCUGUGACGCUAGGGCAUGCAUCACAGACAUCAGGAGUCAUGCAAAAUGUGCAUGACAAACCUGGCAAUCUUCCAGACUCAGACAUUUUUACAUUUGAUAUGGGGGUAUGACGGACAAAACUCUCAGAGGCCGACACGCGGAAACGAAUUUGCUUCAUCUCAUGGAGUGGAAGCUACUACACCAAAAACAAGCUGUACCAGCUCAUAAAGAAGCACAACAACAACUUCCACCAG